AACUCAUGUUCAAGUACAGCGGCGGCACCUGCAGUGUCGCCGUGAAGGGAGUCUACGACCCAAGCAAGCCCUCGUGUACUGGAGAGACGGUCUACGUUCUAAGCAAUACUACGACGGUGUGCUUCACCUCCCUGGGCGCGUUCUUGGACGGUGAGAGGAUAACAACCGACGGCAAUUGCACCUCAAGUUGUGCUGCAGGCAGCGUAGUGAGCGGAGGUGGGACUGUGCUAACAAAUCUUCAGGAGGAAACGCUACAGUGUUGCACAAACACCAAGAACCCCUGCGUUCACUUUUGCGGCAGUUGCACCGGCGCUGCGUGCGGCAGCGUAUUUAGAAAAGAGUUCUUCUGUGAUGCGGUGACCGUUUGCGCUUACCAUGGACUGCUCCUGGCCGAGGUUGACACGCCCGCAAAGCUCAGCGACAUACUGGAUAUCAUCAGUCAAGGGGAUCCAGCCGUGUUGCAAUUUUGGGUGAACGUUCGAAAAAUCAGCGGGACUUGGGUCCACGUUCCUAGCAACACGCCUGUGACUGCGGGUGAAUGGGCAACACCUCCUGUAGACGGCGAAUGCGCGUACGUGGAUCGAAAUGCAAACAAUCGACUCAAAACCGCACCAUGCAACGGAGGACGACGUGUCUUUCCUUGCGUUCCCACUAAUUCUCUGCCAGUUUGUUAGUCAACUUCUGACUAUAGAUUUGUGUCACGGAAGUUUUAUGGAAUUUCCGCAGACGGAGCAAUAAAAAGCAUUCAUGAGAA